ACGACACCUGGCAGCAUAAUCUCUCUGUUGACCGAGAGAUUGUUCGUGGCUUCGGAUGCUGGCGACACCCCAAAAGAACCCCUUCCACCGCCAUAAAACCAUCAAUAGUCUAAACUUUUGAAAUAGUCGUUCGUUCACGGUUGAGUUUGAAGGUGUACCACGCCGUAGUGCAGAAGAAUUUCUUGUACAGUUCAUCGUCGCCAGAUCUUGGGUGACUCUUGACCCAGCAGCAACAGCAGCAUCGUCAGUGGGUGUGAAUUGGCAGAUUCGCGAAUCGUCGUCAAUUGGUUCAGCCAACAAUGAAAGUGCUAGUGAUGUUUUCGGGCCUGAUGGCCGUGGCAUUGGCCGCUCCGGAACCUCAGUUUUUCGUUGGCGGGGUGGUUGGACUGAGGCCGCACGCAUUUAGAAAAGGCUUCUUUCCGGUUGCGGUUCCAUACCCGGCAGUAGCCGCCGUGCCCUAUCCAGUUCCAGUUCCGGUCGCACCCGCCGCCAUUCCCGUUCCAGUGCCAGUCCCAGUGGCUCCGAUUACUCCGGUGGGCCACUAUGGUCAUCCGGGUGGUUAUGGUGGACCAGCCUACGGUGGAGGUCGCAGCAACGCUCAGGCCCAGUCGGCCUCGUUCAGCAUAGGGCCGGGAGGUAUUACGGGCUCGUUUAGCAAGGCAGCAGCCGGCAGCAGUGCCGACGGAGGCUUCGGGGGAUCAGGGGCCACCGCAACGGCUGAAUCGGCCUCGUACGGUGGUGGUUUUGGCGGAUUUGGAGGAUCGGGCUCGAGUGCGCAAGCAUCGGCCAACUCGUUCGGAGGAGGUGGUGGCGGAUAUCCAUUCUUCGGUUGAGCUAUUCAGCACAUUGAUGGAUUGAUGGAGAAACUGCGAAGAGGCCAUAGUCAACAAAAACGUACUGUGAGAAUUUGAAGGCUAAUUUAUUAUGACAAAUUUAUUUCACAAAAUAAAUGUACUACGUGUCUUUAUA